AUGCGGGCUCGUGGUUUUUGGAGGGAAGGACACUAUUGGUGUAAAGUCGUGCGGACGGUUGGGGGUUUGACUGGUGUGUGGUAUAACAAUGAUUUGGAAAAUGACGGUAUGGCAAGGUUGGUAUCUAGAGACCUCGAAACCAUUGGAGGCGCUUCACCCAGCACAUCAUGGGUGAUGUAUUCUCGCGCGCCGACGGAGGAAGAAACUGUGAUCUUCAAGCGUGCCGAUGAAAAAAUCAACAAGUCUAUUGGCAAAAAGGGGGUUGUAGAUCGGCCUUUUUCACAAUCCAAAAACGAUGCUGACGAAGACGAAGUCCUAUCUGAUCAAGACGGUCACUGGGAAGAAGACCAAGGUCUUCCUGAAGACUUUGACAUGCUUGACAAUCAUGAUGUUAAACCUUUGUUUCUCUCAGACUUACAAGCAGAAGACGAACCUACGGAGUCAAAACCGCAAGUACAACUACAACUACCUACCAGUACGAAGGGAACCAAGUCUAAGAAACCCAAGAAGGUAAAGGUUGCUGAAAAGAAGGAAUAUAUCUACGUUGACUCUGAUCAAACGGGGGAAGUUGAGCAAGAAGAAGAACCUACACAGUCAAACCCAAAAGUACAACUACCUACCAGUACGAAGAAAACCAAGUCCAAGCAACCCAAGAAGGUAAAGGUUGCUGAAAAGGAAUGUAUUCAUAUUGAUUCUGAUCAAACAGGGGAAGUUGGGCGAGCUGCAUUACGUAAACCCUCAAAGAAUGAAGGAGGAUACAACCCUAAAGACAUACACAUCCAAGAUAUAGGAAAAGUCGUCACUAUGCCAAAAAAAUCAGAAGCUAAAAGAGGCGAGCGAGAAAACUUUCAAAGCCUUUCUAUGUUAAUUAAUACGAGCUUGUUAAUUAAUAUAUUCUUUUGGUUACUUGUAGCGCGCUCGAACAAUGACAAACCAAAAUGGAAAGGAUGGGUCAUUAUGGAUCAAGAGGAAGAGGAGGUUAACGGCAACAAAGGUGUUGAGGAGGCUGAAGACGGUGACGAGGAAGUGAAUGACAAUUCUCGGAGGUCCAAACGUAUCAAGUUGAAGAGGUCUUGA